AGGAGCCUCUCACGUCCGGGGGAAGCCUGAAACUUUCCCAGGUGGAUCAAUCAAAUCAAAUCAGGAUCAUUUCUUCCUGUUGAUGAAAUGAGAAACAUCUGACUCCUCUGAGCUCCAAGUUACUACUGUCCACCCUAUCCAGCAGUCAGGACUUCAAGGGGUUCCGAGAGGUGAGGCUGGAUAGUCCGUCCAGCUCUUCCAACUCAUCCUGGUCUUCGUCGAUUUUUCCCAGUUCAGAAAUAACAUCCAUCAGUUCGGACCAGAUCGUGACGCCACUGUCUACCCCAUGUCUGUACCAGCCGAUGGAAAAGGGAGCUAUGGGUGCCUUCGAGGACAAAAUGGUGUGGAAAGAGACGUCUUUUCUUGGGAAUGAUGACCAUAAGAACAAACCGUCUGGCUGGCCUCCCCCCGGUCCGGGCUCCUGGGGGGGACUGCAGGGGCCCCCGUACAGCUGGGACAGUAUGAACAGCUCCAGAGAGGACUACCUCACCAGUCAGGUGUCACAGAGCAGUUCCCUGGAGGAGGUUCACCUGGACGCCCUCCCUCCGGCUCCUCGUCUGGUGGAGAUGAGGAGGGACCCGGUGCUCGGCUUUGGGUUUGUGGCCGGCAGCGAGAAGCCUGUGGUCGUACGCUCCGUCACCCCCGGUGGUCCAUCUGAAGGGAAACUGUUGCCUGGAGACGAGAUUAUAAUGAUCAACGAUGAGCCUGUGAGUUCUGCUCCCCGAGAAAGAGUCAUCGACCUGGUCAGGAGCUGCAAAGAAUCCAUUUUACUGACUGUUGUCCAACCAUAUCCUUCGCCUAAAUCUGCGUUUAUCAGCGCCGCCAAAAAAGCCAUGCUCAAGUCCAACCCCGUCAAAGUGCGCUUCGCCGAGGAGGUCAUCAUCAACGGACAGGUCCCGAACCCCGUGAAGGACCACUCCCUCCUCUUCAUGCCAAAUGUGCUGAAAGUUUACCUGGAGAACGGGCAGACCAAAUCGUUUCGCUUUGACAGCAGCACUUCGAUUAAGGACGUGAUUCUGACCCUGCAGGAGAAGCUGUCAAUCAAGUGUAUCGAGCACUUCUCCCUGAUGCUGGAGCAGAGGGCAGAGGGCGGGACCAGACUGCUCCUGCUCCACGAACAGGAAAUGCUCACUCAGGUGACCCAGAGGCCCGGCUCCGAGAAGAUGAAGUGCUUCUUUCGGAUCAGUUUUAUGCCUCGAGACCCGGUGGAGCUGCUCCGGAGAGACGCAGUGGCUUUUGAAUACCUCUAUGUACAGUGUUGUAAUGACGUGGUUUUGGAGAGAUUUGGGGCGGAGCUAAAGCCGGACGCCGCGCUCCGAUUGGCCGCUCUGCAGAUGUACAUCCUCACCAUGACGACGAGACAGAGCCAGAAAGUGUCUCUCAAAUACAUACAAAAAGAGUGGGGUUUGCCUCUCUUCCUGCCCCCCGCUGUUCUGUCCACCAUGAAAGAGAAGAACAUUAAGAAAGCUCUGACGCACAUCCUCAAAACCAACCAGAACCUGGUGCCCCCUGGGAAAAAGCUGACUGCGCUUCAAGCCAAGGUCCAUUACCUGAGAUACCUGAGCGAACUCAAACUGUACGGGGGAAGAGAGUUUAGAUCAAUACUUCUGCAGGGGGAGAAGCAGACGGACGUGACGCUGCUGGUGGGUCCUCGCUACGGCAUCAGUCACGUGAUCAACGCCAGGACGAACUUGGUGGCGCUGUUGGCCGAUUUCAGCCACGUGAACCGCAUCGAGAUCCUGACGGAGGACGAGACCAACGUGAGGCUGGAGCUGCACGUGCUGGACGUCAGGCCCAUCACUCUGAUCAUGGAGUCCAGUGACGCGAUGAACCUGGCCUGUCUCACCGCGGGGUACUAUCGCCUCCUGGUGGACGCCCGCAGAUCCAUCUUCAGUAUGUCCCACUGCAACAGCACCGGAGACGAGACCAGUCCAGAUCGAGUCCUGGAGUGGCCGUACAGCACCUCACUGGGCGAAAACGAGGAGCAAACUUCGAACCAAGACGAGAUUUACAACCGCGACUAUCCCGACGACAUCCACAGACACGACAGCGUCCAAACGUACCCGAACCAGGACCCCCCGGAACGAGACAGAGGGGCAAACCGAAGCCCGCUACCCCCUCCUCUGCCUCCGUCGACCCGCCACAAACCGCAAGACUCACCCCGAAGCGCGAAAGUUUCAUUUAUUUUCGGAGGAGACCCACCUUUGAGUAAAAAUCGAGGGUACGAAAGACUUGUAGAAAGCCCAGAUAUUCCGGAUAGAUCUACAAACUACAUGCACAACAGCACAGAUCGAAUGCCGUAUCACUACACGCACGUUUACAGUAAUAUUAUAAGCGAAGAAGGCGGAGAGGAGCCUUUGCUGAACGAAUUGCUCUACGCCGAUACAACGGACGACGCCGAGGACGAGGACGAGGACUGCGAUGAAGAUUCGGCAGGCGGGACCCCGAUGAGCGACGAGAACAAACCCCUAAACUACAACCAAGACGACGGGCCUCCCACCGCCGCCAGCAAAGCCACGUUUCUGACCUGCUCCGGCUCCACGGACGACAUCAUCGACUUGACCUCGCUGCCGCCACCGGAGGGCGACGACGGCGUGGACGAGGAGGACGACGACACGCUGCUGGAGACGCUGAACCUGGCCAUAGCGGCGCCCCCUCCCGGUUUCAGAGACAACAGCUCGGACGAGGACACGGAAGGGAGGAUGCUGAGCGUGGAGGAAAGCGACGAUAUUCCGGUGUCGCUGAUCGACGCGGUGCAGACUCACGAGGAGGAGGAGGGGAGGGCGGCGGACAGGGGGAGGGACAGCGCCGUGGUGGAGACGCUUCAGGCCAUAGAGGCGCUGUCGGUGUCCGAGCACAGACCGCCGCCGCCGCCUCCUCCUCCGCCGGGCUGCAGCAACACAGGUCCUUACUCCCAAGGCUUUAGCCCUCAGUCGUCCUCAGACUCUGGCAAUGAAACCAACUCUUCGGAGAUGACAGAGCUCAAUGACCUGGCGUCUCACAGGCUCUUGGUGGCCACUCGCGAGGGAUAUCAGCCUUUACUUGAGGAGAAAACUGAAUUCCCUGUCUCCCCAUCCACAGGCGGAGGAGGUCCCAGCACGCAGACGAAACCAGCCAGGCACCACCACCACCACCACCAAGCCCCGGCCGUUCCCCCAAGACGAAGCCCCUUUCUCGACGCCCCCGGUUCUGGUUUUGACAGCUUCGACGGGAGGCCACCGAGCCAUAUGUCCGCGACGCUGCAAAGGCCGAGCUCGACCACGCCCGGGGGGAAGCACCACCGUAAAUCCGCAGACUCCGGCGGGAAAUACAACACGUUCAGCACAAGGGAUGGUUUUCGAAGCGGUAGCCAUUUCGAUCUCGACCAGCGCACUUCGUUUUGCGACCGACGGGAGCUGCAAAGAAGACAGAACUCAUUCGUAGCGGAGAAUCUAACUUCGGAAGACAACAUCAGACCAACUCGCCCAACGUCGUCGACUUGCGAAAGACUUUUAGAAAUCGAAAACGCGGACGGUAGAGCCACAAACGCAGAGCAAGACGAGCAUUUAGUCGUGGCUUCGUUGCUAUCUCCGAGCAAAAAGGCGAGAUCGGGCGGGGUUGAGCAAAGUUCGGAUUCGCCGAUGGAGCACCCGCCUAUGUCCAGACAGCAAAGCGUGGCCCGAUUGUGCGAGUACCAUUUAGCAAAACGGAUUUCAAACUUACAAGGAGAAGCGCACAGUUCGUUGCAAGGGUCUUUAUGCUCAUCGUUGGACGCCGGCGGAAGCACAAACAGCAGCAGCGUCACGCCAACCGACUCUCCGCUCGGACCUGCGCAGGUCGACUCGAAACACCCGCACCAUCACCACAACCCGAGGCACCCGCUCUCCAGCUCGUCUUCCUCGCUUCUUCGGGUGCUAAACUACGACGACAAAGCUGGUUUUCCCGGGCAGGUUAAAGACAUGCACCCUCACGCCGACCCGAACUUGUUGAGGAAAAUGCUGCCCAAUAUCCACGGAGCUGGGGACGGGCGUUGCGCAUCGACUCCGCCCAAACAUGCGGCAAGCAAGAAGCUCUACAACGAUCUGCACGCUAAACAGGCGAUGUUAAAGAACGCGAAAGAAGGCAGCGAGGCGUAUAGGCAGCUAAUAAACUAUCUAACUGUGAGUCAAAUGCAUCAAGGCGGGAAACUACAUGGCGCAGGAGGGGCCAAAAAGGAAGGGAAACGCUACAUAACGAGCAAUCCACAGUUGGUCGAAAUGGUUAGGAACAGAGCUAAUCCGAACGCGCGUUGCCAGUGUAUCCCGGCGUCAGUAUCGUCGCCGUUUCUAAGCCCGGGGAAUUCAAACCAAGCUUUGCAAAUGGCGAAUAAAAACCCACGGGCGUUUCAUUCGGCGACGCUUCCGGCGAAACUCAACCGGAGUCCAGUCGUGCACGCGCAAAAACCGAGCGAUAACAUCGAUUUGCGGCGAUCCACGUCCGAAAGAAGGAGCUCGUUUUCGGGUUUGGAGAGCGAGCUGGAAAAAAGCGGGAUAGAUCCGGAAGCGUUUUUAUCGGCGUAUAAGAAGAACGGUUGCUUGAGUCCGAACGGCGGAACGAACAGACCUCCGCCGAGAUCUAGAAGCCAACCAGGAGGGGGCGUCGGCGAGGAGUGGUUCAGGCAGGACGUUAAAGCGAAGCAAAGCAGCAGGUUAUCCAGGCAAGGUGAGUCUUUGUGUAGCCAACAGGACGCGGUGAAUACAAUCGGAAGAGCGGAUCACGCCUCUGCGUUCAUGCGACAAGCUUCCGGUUCGAGAUCUUGCCUGACGUUACCGAAUCCGAACACGCAAUGCCCUCCGCCGCCAGCUCCUCCUCCUUCUCAGCAAAUCCAAGCGAAUAAUUUACUCCAACCGGGCCCCGUGCAAAACCACAUAUCUCCCGAUCACUUCACGAGCAGCUUACAACGCGGAAGGGAGCUGAAACGCAGCACUAGCAACAUCACCGCGAGUUCGGGGAGCGUCGAGGCGCUUUUCGAGAAACCCGUGCGGAGCCGUAGCCAGCAGCCCUUGACGGCGAACGUCCCGCAACAAAAUGAGACGAAAGUGCAGCGCAGGCCGAGGAAACGGUUGUCCAAAAGCUACUCGCAAGGUUCGGUUUCGGCUUCGUCGCACACAACUUGCUGGUCGGGAGGCGGUAGUUUCGAUUGCAGACGAGCUUCGGUCGCGUUCCCAUUGCAAAAAGACGGUAAAAAUAUGAAGGGAGGGCAGAAGUUAGACACGAGUCCCUGGAGGUGCAACGGGCCUUUCAGCUACUGCUUCUUCAAACGUAAAAGCGAAGGCGAAGAGGACGACAUCGAGUGGGAAAGACCAAGACGAAGCCGCGAUUUUGAUUCAGAAGGUGGCGCCGGCGUACCUGUCGGCGGCUCAAAUCCGACCGGGGACCAGCUCUACGGCGAAGUUCUAAACAAUAUGAGUUUCAGCGACCGCUUAUCGAGAAUCAACGUCCUCAAAGAUCGCAUGUACGGGUUUCCGACGGGCUUCACAGACGUACGACGAGAUGUGAACGAACUCAUAGCGCUGGUCCGGUCGAGCGUCGGGCGUUGCGAUCGCGGCGCGCAAAUGCCGAUUCAAGAUAUAUCGCAAUACAAGCAGCUGCUCUCCGUCGAAUCGAAAGAACUGGGGCGCGCUUGCCGACGGAUGGCGCAGGCGUACACCAGCCCCGAAGAAAUGCUCUUGGCGGUGACAUGUAGCUUCCAGGUGCUGUGCUGUCUGUGCGAAGCCUGCAUGUGUCUCGUCAAGGGGCUCGGCGUCGCCAACUCCCACCAGCAGAGGGAGGUGGUGGCCAAAGUGGACGAGGUUGUGAUGAAUUAUAUCUGUUUGCUCAAAGCGGCGGAGGCGGCGACGGUGGGGGCGCCGGGCGAGCACAGUAUGAAGGCGCUGGUGAGGCACACGAGCACGAUGUCGGCGAUCGCUAACGCCCUCACUCGCUCCCUUAAAACGCUGCUUAGCAAGUAG